AUGCAUGAGAGGAAGUGGCUUCAGUGGCUGGCUGAGGCCUCAAUUGAAGUGAAGGUCCUGACUAGGAGCACAGAGCAUGUGGAGCUAGCACAGGAGACACAUCACUUCAAGCAGCCUCCCAGUGGCAUGGUGGCCAUGGACUGUCCCAAGUCCAAGGUUCCAAUUAUCAUGGUGGUGGCAGUGGCCACAGAGGAGGAGGCCACUGAGGAGGAGGCAGCUGAAGAGGCUGCCUUGGCGGCAGCAGUGGCAGGGGCAAUGGCAGUAUUGGCAGAAACAGGUCUGGCUGUGUAUGAAGAGGGAGCUGAGUUGUCUGCAGCUGAGGGGGAGGAGAGGUCGCACUCGCCCUACCAUGUGCCCUCAGACCCCGCGCCUCCCUCCCCAACCCUCCCCAAGGCUGGUGAGGCAAGUGUGACCACAGCCACACUCAUACAGCCAGACACCCUGCUCUGGGUGACCACCACAAUCAAGGACAUCAUGAGGAGCAAAGAUGGUGACCUCUCCAUCCCCAGCCUGCCAGCUGUGAGCAGAGAAUAUUCCCAGCAUUGCACUGCAAUCUGGGAAAUUCAGAGAACCAGGAUGCUUCAAGGAUCCUUUCUCUGCAAGAUGAAACUUGGGGGCCGGAUGUGGUGGACCAUCCUAUGCCUUGGGGACUGGGACUUUUGCUGGCUCAAUCUGAAGAUGACACCCCCAGUGUUCAUUUCUCAACCAGAGACAGAGGAACUGGUUGAAUGGGUGCUGGAGGAGGUGGCCCAGGGUCCCCAUGUGGCUGGGACUCAAGGUGGCCCUCCCAUUCUGGAGGUGGGCUGUGGGUCAGGAGCUGUCUCACUCAGCCUAUUGAACAAGCUCCCUGAAAGCCAAGUCAUUGCUGUCAAUAAGGAGGAAGCUGCCAUCAGAUUGACCCAGAACAAUGCUCACAGGCUUCAGUUUCAGGAUAGAAUUCAGAUCAUUGUACUCGAUAGGGGAAGUGGACACUCCUUCUGCCCUGAAGACCUGGACCCGGUUAUCAGCAAAACUCCCAACAUCUUCCACCAGGACAUGAAGCAGCUGGCUCCAGAAAUACUCAG